GCGGCGGCAGGCGCAGGUGUAAGCAAGCUCGGCGGCCGCUUUGCCCCCGGUCCCGCCGUCACUCGGGGGUGCGCAGGGCCUGCGGUGACCCUCGGCUGCAGGCGCUGGGCGGCCAGCGACAACGGGUCCAUGGCCCCAGUGGCGGCUCCAUCUUUCCUGGCCGUCAGGGCCGCGAGCCCGACCGCAACCCCCACCUCGUACGGGGUCUUCUGCAAGGGGCUCUCCCGCACCCUGCUCGCCUUCUUCGAGCUGGCCUGGCAGCUACGCAUGAACUUCCCGUACUUCUACAUCGCGGGCUCGGUGAUCCUCAACAUCCGCUUGCAGGUACACAUUUAGAGCCGUGACUAAGCCGCCGGCCUCCGGGGCCAGCAUGAUGGCCGACUCCCAGGCAGCCUCGCGGCGGAGCAGGGCUGCGGGCGACAAGCUCUGCAGUCUCGCGAGAGUGCCCGGGCGCCCUCCGCGGCUGCGCUCUGCGCUGCUAGCCGAGCUCCCCGGAGGGUGGCCGCGAGCCUGCCGCGACCAGAGCGAGGACGUGUGCCGCUCGGGGAGCGGGGAACCUUAGUGAAGACCCACGGAAGGUUUAAGAAACUAGGCGUCCUUAAAACAAGCACCGGACGAAUUUCAGGAUGUGACAAAGGGUACAGGAUGCAUUAUUUAAAAGGAAAAAGCAGGAAGGCCAAAGUUUUGAGGAAAAAAAUCAGUAAACUUUGGGAAUAUUGGAUUGAAUUGUAAGCAAGACUGGACUAAGAGAAGUUUAAGGGAUUAAGGAUGUGAUAUGGAAAGCACAUAUUUCUUCAUCCCACAAGAGAAAAUGACGAUAAUCAGAAACUCUCAGUGAAAAAACCCACGACUGUACAGGAAAAGCAUCCUCCAGAUACCAGACAUAGACUGCUUCAGGACUUACAACAAAUGGCAGGAGUGCGAGAAGAUGAACUCUAUUUCAGUGUUCCUGUGAGCAACACGUGGAUCAAGACCUUGGAGCCAAAGAAAAGGAAAACCUGUCCUAGCAGACAGCUUGGCUAUUCAGUGAAUAACAUCCAAGUAAUAAUGCAAAUGAUGUUUAUGGUUUUUAUCUUUUAAGGGACUACUCAAUUAUGGUUACAAAGUAGAAUGCAAAUGUUAGCAGUGGAGUUUUAAAAAUACAGUCGGGAAUACAAGUAGGAAUGUUGAGGGAGAUAAAGGAAGGUAAAUUGAGUGGUCGUAGUGUCCUUAAAAGGGGGGAAAUUGAAAGAUACAGACUAUUGUUGAGGGGGGAAAACAUUUUGUUAUUUCCAGGGUAAACUUAACGUUUACUAGAAUAGUAAUAUAACUAUAUAAAAGAGGGAGGGUAGUAGGGAGGAACAGCACGAAGUCAACUGGUAUGCCUAAAGAUGGAGAUUUCAGAUGGGAUAUCUCAAAAAGAAAAAUUGAUUAACUGGUGUAUUUGAAUAUGGACUAGAGAUUUUUCAGAGAGCCUGGGGAUGAAUUAGCUAUCUGUAGAUUUUUCAAGACUUUGAAAAUACUGAGUUAAUUAUGAACCCCAGGAAAGAAAAAUUGUAAAACUACAGUAUGUACCUUAUCUAUUGAAUAUUAGUCAUGUAAGUCAGUCAUAAUUAUGUAAAUACUGAAUACUGAUUUAACAAGAAAUGAUUAUAUAACAUUGGGAGGAUGAACAAGAAGAGAUACAUGUGUGUGUGUGUGAUGAUGGGAGUCAAGCAGACCUAAUAUAGAAAAGUCAAAAAAAGACAAAUGUAUUUUAAAAAAAUAAAUAAAUGAAAAACA